AUGGAGCCCGACGCCGACGACAACAAGCAGCAGCCGGGUGGUGGUGGGAAGGCGACGGUGGCGAGCCACCCCAAAUCGCGGGAGUGGCAGCUGCGCAAGUACCUCCUGCUGCUCGCCAUCCUGGUGGCGACGGUGACCUACAUCGCGGGGCUCGACCCGCCGGGGGGCGUCUGGCUGGAGACCACGGACGAACACCUCACCGGCGACCCCAUCCUGCCGGACACCCGCCGCCUCCGGUACGACCUGUUCUACUACUUCAACGCGACGGCGUUCGUGGCGUCGCUCGUGCUCACCAUCCUCCUCCUCCCGUUCCGCGUGGAGGGGCCCCGGCUCAUGGCGGUGCGAGGGGUCAUGGUGGUCGAUCUGCUCUGCCUCAUGGUGGCCUACAUCGCCGGGAGCUGCCGGGGCAGGCUCACCACCAUCUUCGCCUCGGUGCUUUCGGCAACCAUCUUCGUCUACAUCGUGGUUCAUGCGCUGGUCGCCCCUUCUACCGACACGCCUGAGAAGAAGACAGUGCACGACUCACCUGACAAGGAGAAGGCCAUGGACAUGGAGGAUGGCCAUCUCCAUGGUUGCUCAAGUAACCCGCUUGACAUGAAGGAGGCCGUGGAGGAUGGCAAGCUCCGCCCCAAAGAGCGGCGCAAGGUCUUGAUGCUGCUCUCCAUCUUCAUGGUGACGAUCACGUACACGGCAGGUUUGAGCCCUCCGGGUGGCACAUGGGAGCAUGCUGCCGAGGAGGGUGGCGCCGCCGCCGCCGCCGGUGGCCACCACCGCGCCGGUGACCCCGUCCUGCAGGAGGGCCACUACUGGCGCUUCGUGGCGUUCUUCGUCUUGAACACCGUCGCGUUCGUCGCGUCGCUCACUGUCAUCAUGUUGCUCCUGAGCACCAGCAUGGGCAACAACGGGAGAAGGCUAUCGGCGCUGAACGUGGCCAUCGCCUUCGCGCUGCUUGGUCUCAUGGGCGCCUACGCAUCCGGCAGCUGCAGGGAGACGGAGACCACCGUGUACGUCCUCUGCCUGAUCGGCGCUGUCCUCCUAUACAUUUCUUGCCUUGCUGUGAUCAAGUUUUUAUCCAAAAAAACUAAACCGCAAGCACAAACACAUGGUUGUUGCGGCUGGAUGACAGCAACGGCCCGGCCCUGCCCGGCGUGUAGGUCGGACUGUGCUAGCCCGACUGACCUCGGCCCAGACCCGGUCAUGCCUGGGCCGUGUCAGGGCGAGCAACCCACUGAGCCAUCUAUAGCAACAGGAUCCAGACGUAAUCCGGCCUCCAAAAACCGUGAAGACAGCACAGAUCCCGUUGAGAGGGCACGGUCACUGAUACUUCUGCUGGCCACUCUCAUCACAACCGUAACAUACCAGGCCGGCCUAGACCCGCCCGGUGGAGUCUGGAGAGACGACGACAAUGGCCAUAGUGGUGGGGGUUUGAUACUCCCCGCAACCCAUGCUAAGCGGUACAAGGUGUUCUUUUAUUGCAACUCAGCUGCCUUCGUAGCAUCCAUCAUCGUCAUCAUCAUGGUCCAGAGUAGGUCUCUGAUCGGCCGGCGUGCACUCGAGGCAGCUGUGAUACUCGACCUCUUUGGCCUGAUCGGCGCAUACUCUGCUGGGAGCUGCCGAGACGUGCGCACCUCCAUCUAUGUCUUUUCAUUGGCUGUGGCCAUCUUUGUGUUGGUGGUGGCAAUCUACGUUGUGAUUAGCAAGCUUCCACAUGACAAAAAGGGUAAGUUGGAGGAGAAAAGCAAGCUGGAGAAGAAGCAGAAACUAUUGCUGCUUCUUGCAAUUCUAGCCGUCACCAUCACCUACCAAGCUGGGUUGACCCCGCCAGGAGGCUUCUGGAUCGAGCACACCGAUGAAGACCACCGCUACGGUGACUCGAUUCUCGCGGACAAUUACCCUCUCCGAUACAAGGCAUUCUUCUAUUGCAACGCGACGAGCUUCAUGGCAUCUGUCAUUGCCAUAGUUUGCUUGAUGAGUCGGAACCUCUCCAGCAUCGCCGUAGGCUACUGCAACGCACUCUAUGCCUGCAUGGCUGCAGGCUUGGUCGGAUUGAUGGGUGCCUACGCUGCCGGAACCACCCGAAGGCUGCGGACGUCCAUCUACGUCUUCGCCUUGGUCGGCGCGGUGCUUAUUUUCGCCGCUCUACACAUCAAAUUUUUCCAUAAAAUACUCAUUGGUUGUCUUUCCUUCUUCUCUUCCAAGAAGCAAGACGAGGUCACUAAGAAUCAUGAUCAGGCAACGGGGUCUAAAGGUUCGACAGGAAAGAAGUGCACCAAUAAUCAUGAUGAAGAGACCACUGAUGAGUACAAAGAGAAGUACAAGAUGCGCAAGUAUCUGACGCUACUGGGGAUCCUGGCAGCGAGCGUCACGUACCAGGCCGGCCUAGUGCCGCCAGGGAGCGUGUGGCCGACGAACGACGGCAAAGGGCACGCAGCGGGGAACCCCAUCCUGGGGGACACCGACGGCCGCCGGUACCACGCCUUCUUCUACAGCAACUCCACAUCCUUCUCGGCAUCCAUCGUGGCCAUCGUUCUCCUCCUGCAAGGGACCUUGAUCCUCCCAGAGCUCAAUGACCCUGACCGGUUCGGGCCAAUGCACAUGGUGGUCGUGCUCGACCUGCUCGGCCUCCUGGUGGCGUACGCGGCAGGCAGCAGCAGGGACUGGGGCACCUCCGGGUACGUCGUCGCCAUGGCCGUCAUGGUGCUGGCUUAUGUAGCCAUCUAUGUGUUCCUGUCUCUCCGUGACAGGAAGGGAUCGGAGGGCAGGGCAACGACGGAGGUUGAUUAG